UGCACACCAUGCGCCGGCGGCGCGCCGCUCGGCCGGGCCCGUCCUGCUAGUGCUGCUGGCGCCUGUGCUGGUGACUCUGCUGGCUCUGCUGGCCGCUGUCAGCGGUCUGGGCCGUCUGCUCGGCUGGAUCGCACUCACCCCGCUCAUCAGAAUGAUUUCGGCGCUGGUGAACGCCUCGGAGCGGAGUGAGCGAUCGCCGCUGCGCUCCGAGCAGCGCGCGGCCGUGCAGAGGGUCGGCCAGGCCGUCAGUCUGGCCGUCGAGCGGUUUGUCACCGUCGGCGAGACCAUCGGCGACGACAACCCCGAGAUCAAGGUCGACAUGUACGAGGCGUGCAAGGAGGCCCGGGCGGCAGGGUCGGCCAUUGAGAAGCUGUGCGCGCUGCAGGCCGAGGCGAAGAGCACGGACCGGGCGACUCUGGUUCGCGCCGCGCGCUGUCUCCUCUCCAGCGUCACCAAGGUGCUCCUACUCGCAGACACCGUGGUGGUCAAACAGCUGAUCCUCUCCAAGGACAAGGCGGUCCGGACGCUGAGUCGAUUGAAGAGUGUCACCAACUUCACAGAGUUCGUGAAGGCUUUUAGCCAGUUUGGCCAGGAAAUGGUCGAGUUUGCUCAUCUCACUGGCAGCCGACAGAGUGACCUGAAGGAUGAGCGGCGAAGGGCGCAGAUUACCGCCGCUCGUCAGGUGCUCGAGAGGUCCACUAUGAUGCUGCUGACGUCUUCCAAGGCGGUGUUGCGACACCCCGACUGUCCCCGGUCACGAGACAACCGGGACACCGUGUUCUGCCAAAUGCGCCGCGCUAUGGACCUAAUCCAUUACGUCGUCAAAGAUGGCAUUUUGGACACGGUGGUUAGUUCUCAGAACGGCCACCAGGCGGCGGCCGCCAGCCGUCUGGACGGGCCGGCCACUGAAGACUGGGAUGCCAACCACACGCUCACGCGCGCCAUUCAAAGGUACGAGGAGUGUGUGGAGAUGACGCGAAUGACGCUGUGCGGCGAAACCUACCGGGAGCGUCUCUCCUCCCUGCUGGAGACCAUAUCGGAGCGGUCACAGGACUUCACCGAUUCGGCCUACACGCCCCACCAGGCCCGCGAGCACAUCCUGCUGCUCUGCGAGCGCGCCAAACUCGAGCUCAAUCAGCUGCUGCGCUGCGGCGUCGCUAUGGAGAACCGAGAAUCGACGUCUCCGACGGCUGAGUAUGACGAGUCAAUAGCGAAUGUGCUCAAAUCGAUGCGGGAGCUGAGGUCAAACUUCCAGGCCAUCGCCAUGGAACAGGCGUCAGAGCUGAUCCGCGGCGUCGGUGACGAAGGGGAAGUGAUAUCGGGUAUGAAGGCCUCGGCACUGGCGGUGGACACCGACCGGCUAGAAGAGUUUUGUUUUCGGUUUCAGGAGCAUAGCGACCAUGUGCAAGAGGUGUGUAAGCUGUUACGUCACGUGGCGCCGACGGAAACGCUGCAGAUCGCCAGCAAAUACUCGGAGAUAAACCUGCGAUUGUACGGGCCGCAGCUCCUAGCUGCCGCCCACAUUGUGUGCCUUCACCCCAACUCCAAAAUAGCCAAAGAAAACUUCGAAGCGUUUGCCGACAUGUGGCUGAACCUGGUCGGCGACGUCAAGGUGGCCGCUCGGGAGAUUUCCGAAUGUCUGAGGACGGCCGGUCGGCCUGCCCAGCAGCCCGUCUAUAUGUCACUGCCCAGACCCGGCAAGCACGGCACCACCUCCAAACAGGUGCGUCCCGGCCCGCUGGAUGCCGAGGAGCAGGCCAAAAUCUCCAAGUCGGGUCUGGAGAUGAAGCUGGCCAACGACGAGAUGGCCGCCGAGGCGGACAAGUGGCAGGAGGUCGCCGGCGACGACCAAGACAACGACAUCCUGCGCCGCGCCAAGGCCAUGUCGCAGAUGGCUCUCGGCAUGUACCAGUUCACACGAGGUGACGGCACGCUCAAGACCACGCAGGACCUCUUCACGCAGGCUGAGUACUUCACCGAGGAGGCCAACCGGCUCUACAAGGUGGUGCGACAGUUCUCCUAUCAGGUGCCACAAGGCGCCAACAAGAAGGAGCUGCUCGAAUAUCUGGACCAGAUCCCGACGCACGUGCAGCAGCUGCAGUUCGCCGUCAAGACGCCCACCGUUGGCAAGGCGGCCACGUUCACCAAGGUCGACAACGUCAUCCAGGACACCAAGAGCGCAAUGAACGUCAUUUCCAGGGUCGUCAAUAUCUGUUUCGCGUGCGCCAGCAAGUACGAGGUGUCGCUGCCGGGCCCAGUAGAGUACAAUCUGGACUUCCGCGGUCUGUCGCCGCGCGGCCCGUCCGCCUCGCCGUACCGCGGCUCAGAGGGCGCUGACGACGUGCUCGGCUCGGGCUCAGCUGGCGGCAGCGGCGGAGCUCAGACGGCCUCCUCCGACCCCAACAUAUGACAGUUGGGGAUGGCUCGGAGGGGCAAGGGAGACCCGCGUCGCACGCGGGUCUCUUUCCUGCUCUUCUAAGCCAUCGAGACAACGUAUACUGCAGAGGGUGGGACGGCGUAAUGGGGAACUAGAGGUUCCUGAGCUGCCGCCAGGUGGCAGCGCCUGCACCUGGCGGCAGGCUCGGUGAGCGGAGACGAUGGGGUCGAUGGACGAUGCCUUGCUCGACAUUUGGGGUCUCUGAUUUACCAGCGGAAGUUUUGUUUUGGUUGUAAGGAGAAGAGAGCAUCUCUCGAAGCGUCACAGUCUUAUCUCUUAGUUCGCAUAGUACCUACCUACGACAAAAUUUUGAGUCAGUUUAGGUAGGUCAACGAAACCCUUUCAGUUGAGUAGAGCUGGGUGGACAAAGUUGCCGAAUUGGUAACUUGUGACUUCCAGCACUCUUGGACGUCAUUAACUUUGUCUGGAAGCUGUGACCGUAAAAGUCACCUGAUACUGAGCAAUAUUGACUCGGCAAGCCUGAACUUUAUACACUUUGAACGCACAUUUGACACAUUUCAUGUUCAUAAAUUUCUAGCUCGCCCCUGCAUGCUUAAAUUUUUCCGGCUCAUCACAUCCCAUUUCAACGAUGACAAGGUUAUUUUCUAUUUGAAUUUAGUCGCGUCUCGACAGCAGUCACGCCUUCUCCGAACCGCUUAUAUUUCAAUAAAAAUGUCGAAUUUCAAUUAAAAUGUUAAAUAAUUUCAUGAAUGGAACAGGAAAACAAACAAAGUGAGGGAGAAGUGUCAAAAAUGUAUAAAGGGAGUGUGCCAAAUCGAUUGCCUAGAUUUAUCGAGUAGUUCGGUGUCCUAAUGGCGCGGCGUGCGCCUACCAGAUCAGAAAGAUGUUAGAUCGCAAUAGACCAUUCUUGAACGAUUACAUGUAAAGCGGGCCUCAGAUUUGGCCCCUAUGCCGAGCUUUCCAUGUUAACAAGGUCGAUUCUGCGCGCCGCUCAAUGUGACAAGCCAUACUGGCUGGUGUGGGUAGUCGCCGCUUGGAGUGAGUCUGCGUGAUUGCGAAUCAUGUUAAAGAUGACGGCUUCCCUGAAGUCUCUGACACCCAUUGACGGUGAAUCUUACUCAUUGUGCAUACCUGCAAUACCCGAUGUCAACGCAACCCUCAGUGCCAGUAGGUGUACUGGCGCCUUCAAUUCAAUUAAACAACAUUAAG